AUGGAUCACCUCACGCCUCCGAGCAAUGUGACUGAAUUUAUUCUCUUGGGACUCACACAGAAUCCACACUUGCAGAAAAUACUCUUCAUUGUGUUUCUGUUCAUUUUCCUAUUUACUGUGCUGGCCAAUCUGCUCAUUGCCAUCACCAUCUCUCUCAGUCCCACACUUUCAGCUCCCAUGUACUUCUUUCUCACUUACUUGUCCUUCAUAGAUGCCUCCUACACCUCUGUCACCACCCCCAAAAUGAUUAUUGACUUGCUCUACCAGAGGAGAACAAUUUCUUUGGGUGGUUGCCUGACUCAGCUCUUUGUGGAGCACUUCCUGGGAGGAUCAGAGAUCAUCCUCCUCAUUGUCAUGGCCUAUGACCGCUAUGUGGCUAUCUGCAAGCCCCUGCACUACCUGACUAUCAUGUGACAGGGGCUCUGCCACCUCCUGGUGGUGGUAGCCUGGAUUGGAGGCAUCCUACAUGCCAUGGUACAGAUUCUUUUCAUGGUCAACUUGCCCUUCUGUGGUCCCAAUGUCAUUGACCACUUCAUGUGUGAUCUCUUCCCAUUGUUGAAACUUGCCUGCAGCGACACCUACAGGCUUGGAAUGGUAGUGGCCGCCAACAGUGGAGCUAUGUGCUUGCUCAUUUUUUCCAUGCUACUCAUUUCCUACAUAGUCAUCCUCAGCUCCUUGAAAUUUCAUGGCUCUGAAGGACAGCAUAAAGCCCUAUCCACAUGUGGCUCCCACUUUACCGUUGUUGUACUCUUUUUUGUGCCUUGUAUAUUCACCUACAUGCGUCCUGUGGUCACCUACCCUGUGGACAAGUUGGUGACUGUGUUCUUUGCAAUCCUUACCCCUGCAUUAAAUCCUAUAAUUUAUACAGUUAGAAACGCAGAGGUGAAAAAUGCCAUGAGGAGUUUGUUGAAGAUGAGAGUAAUGGUAGCCUGUUCAUAA